UAACGAACCAGCCUUUGCUUAGAAGCGGUCUCUUUCACGUUACACGCAAGCGGCUUAUCAUCGUGACCCUCAGAGUGAAUGAAAAUGGAACGAAUUCCCGACUUCGCGUUGCUGAGCGUGUUCCGGUGGCUGGAUGCGAAGGACCUGCUGGUUGCCCGCACCGUCUGCCACCAGUGGAGAACCAUUGGCGACCGCUGGUACGCCUGGAAGAACGUGCUCAUCAGCGACGUCUUCGCUGGAAGGCAGCUCUUCGAGGCUGUGCUUCGCGUGGCGCCGUGUGUCGGCGUAAUGUCAGUCACCCUUGACUACCCCCACCCAAGUUUGGUGACGACCUCUUGCGCCACCAGAAGCCUCACCCUCUCCGUGUGGGACGACCGCGCAUUCAUGGCAUGGCGGGUACUGAAACAUCAGAUGGAGCUAGGAUAUCUUCGUGAGCUGCGGGUUCACAUGCAUGGCGACACAGCAAAGUUUCAGAAGCUGAUGAGAGAAAUCUGCGCGGCCAGAGGUCUCGAGAAGAUCACUCUGCAAAACUACAGUGGCAGCAAUUGUGCUGAUGUUGAUUACUUUGUGAAAAUGGCCAGUAAAUAUCCGUCAGGAAUGAAAGCGCCUGUUCGGCCAGCUCCUGCUCCUCCACCAGGUCGCAACACAGCACGCUCCACAUCAAUGCCAGCAAGAGUGAUGGAUAGUUGGGACUUAAGCUUUGAUGACCCUUUUAGUGAUCCCUUUCCAAAACAAACAACCAAUCAGUCUUUAGCAUGGCCAGAUAUUCAGACCUCCGCCAAAAAAAUGCCCCCUCCAAGACCCCCACCACCGAAGAUCGCUGUCAGCAAAGGUGCCCUGAAAUCUGCAGGGAAAAGCCAUUCUAAAUCCAAUUCAAAACAGCCAAGUCGUCCUGGAGAGCUGCUUUCAAAUCUUUUCACUAGGCGUGGUCAAAAGGGAGAUUCAGCCCAACCACAGAGCACUUUAGGCCUUUCAAAAAGUGUGACUCCAUCACCAACACCACUGCCGCUCUCUUCAGUGGCAACUGCCUCUCUAAUAGACUUGAGCUCUCCCCCAAGUUCACCAACUCCUACAACGAGAUCAUCUAGUGAUGGAUUAAGUGUGGACAGUUUUGGUAGUGACGGAACAACUUCGCACAGUCAUCACCACUCUCAGGUGGAAAGUGGAUUUGAGGAUGAUUCUGAGCUCUUUGGGGGAUUUACUGCAACUCCUAGUCCUGUCAAUCGAGAUCCAUGGGGAUCGUCUCCUUCCACUCCCAGUGAUCUGUUCUCGCCUGUCAACUCAUCAGCUGCCACCUCUAAAGGACCUUGGGCAUCAACUCCUCAGGACCCAUUCUCACCCCCCAGGAAAUUUGCUGCAUCUCCUAUUCCUACACUCUCAGUGCCACAGCCCGCACCUGCCACGGCCCCUACACCAGGCGUCAUGGCUUUCAAACCAACAAUUAUUCGCCCUAAGGUCAAACCAAACAGUUCGCCAUCAGUCACUCGGGCUAAGUCAACUGCAUCCCCAUCAAUGAAUUUUGCUGAUGAUGACCGUUCAGAAUCUCCUCCCAUGCCCUCUAUUCCUCCUCCCGCCCCUCCGGCAGAGUUCUUGGAAGAAGCGACCAGCGCUGUACAUGGCGCAAAUUCUAGGGCUCACAGAGGCAAUACCAAAGGUCCCCACUGCAUUGCAUUGUAUGACUAUGAUAGUCCUCAUGCUGACGAUUUAUCGUUUAAGGAAGGUGAUAUGAUUGAGCUGGUCAAAGAAAUGAGUGAUGAAUGGCUGCGUGGUCGUAUUGGAAGCAGGGAAGGCAUAUUUCCCUUGAACUUUGUUAACAUUAUUGUUCCACUGUCUGGCGUUGAAGGUUUUCCUGCCACUGCUCUUUAUAACUUCUCCCCAGAAACUUGGGAGGAUUUGGAUCUGCAGGAAGGUGCCAAGGUUCUCAUUUUAUCAAGAAUAAAUAAUGAUUGGUUGUAUGGUGAAUGCAAUGGAAAGCGUGGGCAAUUUCCUGCUACUUUUGUAGACAAUGUGCCCUCAAACUUGCCAAUGCAUUCUUGACCCUAGGUCAAUCUCUUAGGAAAUGACGUCUUUUUUUAUCAAUGUGAUAUGCUAUACUUUGUCAUGGCAGCACCAAAGCUUUUCAACCUGCCUGACUUUAGUAUUAAUUUUUAUCCUUUAUGUUUGGGCAUCAAUCUGUUAAAUUUGAAAGUAUUUUCUCAUUGACAUAAUUCUUCUGUGUCUUUUUGUGGUUUUUCUUUUGGUGGAAAAUAUUUCUGUUGCUCACAACUUUCAUCAUCCUCUAUAAUUUUUCUGAAAGGAACCAAAAAAAAACUUGUUAAGUUUCGUUGUUUCAAAAUAUAGUUUAAUUCAUUAAGUUACAAUGAAUCACAUCUCAUCUUAUCGUAUUACAGCCCUUAUUUACCCACAUCAUUAUUGCCAUGUUUGUUAUUACAGUUUCAGUUGAAGGCAAUAUGGUUUGUGUAGUAUUACUACUGUGCCUUUUUGCUCAAGGUGUGUUGGAGUUCCAACUGAGAUUCAGUUUUGCUGCAAAGUCAGACUUCUGCAAUGUUUUAGUUAAUUUGUUUUUAUAAUUUUCUGUUGUCUGCUCUUUAGUCUCCAAGAGACUUGUGGUUUGCCUGUGAUAUGAAAUGUUGCGCAGUGGAGCUGUUCUGCAUUGUUGCUCUUCCCUUAUAAGUUUUCCUUUAGGUCUGAAAGUAAUGAAGGAAAGGUUACAAAUCUUUUGAUUUUAACUCAUUGCUUGUGCUUUCUGUGUAGUGUGUAGCAUUCUCUUUCUUUUAGUAUUAUUACUAUUAUUAUGAAUCUUUUAAUCUUUGGUUGCAUCCCUUUGAAGAUUAAGAUAAUCCAUUGCCGGUCUACAAACUCUUUUAUUGUUGCUACUGCUGGGGAAGAAAUUCCAAUUUUAUUGUUUGAAUUUUUGGCAAGCCAUUAUUAGGUUUUAUUUCCUUUUACCAUCAAAACUGUGAUGGCUCUUUUAUACAUAAAUUGUGCAAUACAGUACUUUUAUUACCAAUCUUGUGACAUCUAAUAGGAAUAAGGGGCCAAGCAAUAUUGAAAUUCUUUUUGUACAGGGUCACUACCAUGUUAGUGAAAACUUAUCAGUCUACCCAAUUUUUUGUAAUGAGGACUUCAUGAACCAAUUUUAAGUAUCUGCCAUAGACUGUGUUUUUCAAUGAAAAGUAAUAAAAAUUCUAUACCUUCUGAAAA